CCAAGAAGGGGCCGGACGGGCUGGCCCUUCCCAACAAUUACUGCGACUUCUGCCUGGGGGACUCCAAGAUCAACAAGAAGACGGGGCAGCCCGAGGAGCUCGUGUCCUGCUCCGACUGCGGGAGGUCAGGCCACCCGUCGUGCCUGCAGUUCACGCCGGUGAUGAUGGCGGCCGUCAAGACGUACCGCUGGCAGUGCAUCGAGUGCAAGUGCUGCAACAUCUGCGGCACCUCCGAGAACGACGAUCAGCUGCUGUUCUGUGACGAUUGUGACCGCGGCUACCACAUGUACUGCCUGACCCCCCCCAUGGCCGAGCCCCCCGAGGGUGAGUCCUGGGGGGGACUGGGGGGGAUUUUCCCGCUGAUCCCGAGGGUUCCCGUCCCUGUUUUUCCAGCCAAGAAGGGCCCGGACGGGCUGGCCCUUCCCAACAAUUACUGCGACUUCUGCCUGGGGGACUCCAAGAUCAACAAGAAGACGGGGCAGCCCGAGGAGCUCGUGUCCUGCUCCGACUGCGGGAGGUCAGGCCACCCGUCGUGCCUGCAGUUCACGCCGGUGAUGAUGGCGGCCGUCAAGACGUACCGCUGGCAGUGCAUCGAGUGCAAGUGCUGCAACAUCUGCGGCACCUCCGAGAACGACGAUCAGCUGCUGUUCUGUGACGAUUGUGACCGCGGCUACCACAUGUACUGCCUGACCCCCCCCAUGGCCGAGCCCCCCGAGGGUGAGUCCUGUUUGGGGUAA